AUGGCGGCACUGAGCAUUGAAAAAGACUUCGGGGUUCCAAACAGAAAGAGACUGAUAAUCAAGUCUGGUAUAACUGUUCCUAAUGCAGAAACAGAAACAGAAAUAGUGAAGAGGAAGAUUGAUCAUCAUCAUCAUCGUCAAGAUUCCAAGUCGAUCAAGAACUCUGAUUAUCGAGAAAGCGUUAGGAAACUGUUGGCAGAGGCCUUUUCAAGAGUAUCAUCUGAAACUGACGAGAGCAUAUCACCAGCUUUUGACCCAGUUGAAGUGGCUGCUGCAGUAGAGUCUGCGAUGUACGAAAGAAUUGGGUGGUCUAACCCAAUCAAGAAGGCUAAGUAUCGAUCAGUCUUGUUCAAUCUCAAAGACCCAAAGAACCCGGAUUUGAGGCGAAAGGUUGUUCUUGGAGAGAUCAAGGCGGAGACCCUUGUAACCAUGAGUGCCGAAGAGAUGGCCAGCGAGAAAAGGCAGCGUGAGAACAUUCAGAUAAAGUUGAAAAAGUUGAAGAGAUGUGUGCAUGAUGCUGAUGAAGAAGAUAAGGCCACCACUGACAUGUUUCAGUGCAGCCGGUGCCGCGAGCGCAAGUGCACCUACUACCAGUUGCAGACCCGGAGUGCCGAUGAGCCCAUGACAACUUAUAUCACUUGCGUCAAAUGCAACAAACGCUGGAAGGUCUAA